AUGUCCAGCGAGGCAAAAGCAGAGAUCGAAGAUUGCUCGUUCCCGUGUUACAAGCGGCUUGAUACUCUUCGCGAAGCCGAGGGAUUCCUGGAAGAUUGGAAUUAUGCGUAUGCCGAUUCAUGGCGAUGGGCUAUCAAGGAAAGGCUGAGUAACGGAUGGGUGGCAAAUAUUGAUUCGGUUUUAUUCAAGAUUAUGCUUGAGGUUCAGAGCCCACAUAAACCCAAAAGCGCAAAUGAUAGGGUGUUGAGUGGUCUUGAGAAGCUUGAAGAGGAGCAGAAAAACCAAAUAAUCCAACCCGCAUCUAGACUUGGGCUACAGAGCACGGCCAGAAUUUUCGAUGAAAUUACUCAUCGGCAGGGAGAAAUAAAUGCCAAGGAAGCAGAGCUAGUCAAAGGUCAAAAUCUCAAGGUCUUGAAAGGUAAAACACAAGAUGCAGUCGAAGUGAUGUUUACCGCGAAUGAAGAGCUCAUGGACAAGUUAAGAGGUCGAGAAGAGGAGAAUGGGUUGCACCUCGAGUCCCUUGGGGUUAAGGAUAAUGAUCUCAAUGAGCGUGCUGAACAGAUAAGCAGACUCAAAAGCGAGCUGAAGAAUCUACAGGCGGGCCAUUUCCGAGAAAUUGAAAAGGCAGCUCAAUUGUCUCGCGAUAUUACUUCUCUUCAGGAAGUUCUCAAAGCGAAAGACAAGAUGAUCGACAAAAUGAAGGAUGCUGGCUCUAAUUUGAAGAUGCUACUAUCGGAAGAGCAGAAGAAGAACGCAGAACUUGAGAAAGAGAGAAACGUAUUUCACGAAGAAGGGCAAAAGACUUUAACACAGCUUAGGAAGCUGGAGAGUUUCGCCGUACGCGGUGCCGAAGCCGACGAAUAUAAAAUGAUGUGGGAAUUUUCGAACCUUUGGGAUCAUGCCACUUCUGAGCUUGCUGCGAUCUUGAACCAAAACCUCAGUGCCGAAGCUCUCAGUAAUAAAAUGGCUUGGGACAAAUUCCAAAGGGAUAGCGAACUUGCGGUCCGGCAUCAUAUCCCCUUACUUGCUUCUAAUUCUCCUGCUGCCAAAGGAAUGCGACUCGCUGUGAUACUAGCCAUUCUCGCCCGAGAAAUUGACACGAACAUUUUCCAGCCAAAUUAUCUUUUCUCAGACACGGAGAUAAGGGCAGUUUUAUGUAAGCUCGCUACCGUUGACCGCGAGAAAGAGUCAUUUUGUCGAUCUAUGUUACUUUCCAUCGAUCAAAGCGCCCAACAGGUAUCUAUCCAGUCCACGGUUCAAUAUGUGGCGCGCAACGUGUCAAACUAUUUAUUCGAUGUGCUCUCAGAAUCCCAAUUCGGCGAGUUGCGACAGAGAAUAGAAAAUGUUGUGAAGCGGGCCAUUGAGACUUGGCGUCCCAUCCAGUCUGCUAGCAAGAAGUACGAGACGGAUUUUGAACCCCUCAAGUGGGACGAUGAUGAUUGGUCUCAGUUUCAAUUUCCAGGCGACAAUGAGGAUCAGAACGAAGUGGUUGACAGCCACCAAGGCGGCAACUUUCUCACUAUUUUCCCACGCAUCUCUUGGGUGAACAAUGAUAAGCGAUAUCCUCAGACCUUUGCUAUCCAGCUCAUGGGAACGCAAAAGCAGUGUUUAGCCGCGGAGCAAGAGAGAUAUCCACAGACUCCCAAUCCCAAGAUCAAUCGAACAGCAUUCAAGGGAUCGAGGAGAGCAUCCAUUGCACAAGGGACCUCUCGCCCGAAUGGUGAAGAUUUUUUAGAGCAAUUGUGA